UCAGCUAUAAACGUUUUUACUAUUAGAGCAGACCAGGGAUGAACAUUUUGUGAUUGAAAGUGCAACUGUGUAAAACCACGUCGAAACUAACCAAGAUGGACAAAAAGUCCUUUGAAACGGUGUUGGAUGAAAUUAGAAAGGCUGUUCUGACAGAGUACAAAUUAAAAGCAAUUGAAUAUGUGCAUGGAUAUUUCUCCAGUGAACAGGUGGUUGAUUUACUGAGAUAUUUCUCCUGGGCUGAACCUCAGUUAAAGGCAAUGAAAGCAUUACAACAUAAAAUGGUGGCUGUUCACCCAGCAGAAGUGGUCCAUAUUCUCAAUUGUUUCACCUUCAGUAAAGACAAGCUAGUUGCUCUUGAGCUGUUAGCUUCAAACAUUGUUGAUGCACAGAAUUCUCGUCCCAUUGAAGAUUUAUUCAGGAUAAAUAUGUCUGAGAAGAAACGGUGCAAAAGAGUACUUGAACAGGCUUUCAAGGGGGGCUGCAAAGCUCCUCAUGCCAUGAUAUCUUCUUGUGGAACAAUCCCAGGAAAUCCAUAUCCCAAAGGAAAACCUAGUCGCAUAAAUGGAAUUUUCCCAGGAACUCCCUUGAAAAAAGAUGGUGAAGAAUGUACUAAUGAAGGCAAAGGAAUAGCUGCACGGAUUCUUGGACCAUCCAAACCGCCUCCUCCAACAUACAAUCCACAUAAGCCGGUCCCUUAUCCGAUACCUCCGUGCCGGCCACACGCAACUAUCGCACCAAGUGCUUAUAACAAUGCAGGUCUGGUACCAUUAGCCAACGUCAUAGCUCCGGGUGUCCCCCCUCCGCCUCCAUAUACUCCUAAUCCAGUAGGAACAGAAAAUGAAGACCUUUCCAGUCAGUCAAAACCUACACAGAAUCAAACAUUCUCUACCCCAGGAAGUCAACUCUUCUCUCCUCAUGGUUCCAACCCUUCAACACCGGCUGCACCUCCAGCCCCCACCGCAUCCCCAGUCAAAGCAGUAAAUCAUCCGUCAGCACUGGCAGCUGCUACCGUUUCUGGGAUGAACAUGCCGAAUACUGUCCUCCCUGUGUUCCCGGGGCAGGUCUCCACGGCCGUCCAUACGCCUCAGCCAGCAACGCCAAAUCCGACAGUCAUCCGAACCCCUUCCUUGCCUGCGGCGCCCGUUACUUCCGUCCACAGCACAACUGCGGCUCCCGUCCCGUCCGUUUUCUCUGGCCUGGUUCCCCUGCCGGGUCCCCCUGCACCUUCCGUCCCAACCCCUCAGGCCACGUCCGCACCUCGGGCCGCUCCUGCUUCCAGCGAAACCUUCGCUUCUACGUCUGCCCCUUUUCCCGGCCUCCCCUUUGCUGCCACCUCUACCGCUGCUUCUACCAACAACCCGAAUUCCGCCUCGCUGUCCUCAGUGUUUGCGGGCCUCCCCUUGCCCUUAACACCCACAUCCCAAGGCGUGUCCAAACCUGCCCCUCCUGUACUUGCCGGCGGCUCUGCCCCCAGCGUGGCUUGUCCCCUCGGGGCAAACAGUCCUCUUCUGUCUGCUUUAAAAGGCUUUCUGACCUCAAAUGACACCAGUUUAAUCAACUCAUCCGCUCUGUCCUCUGCUGUUACAAGUGGGCUGGCUUCACUGUCUUCUCUGACUCACCCGAACCCUGACUCCCCCGCUCCAGGCCCCAGCAAGUGCUACGCCCCCUCGGCCGUGCCCGCCGCGCAGAGGUCGUCCACCCCCGGGUUGGCCAUGUUCCCGGGCCCGCCGGCUACCGUGGCCAACUCGGCCUCCACGCCAUCUACUUUGCCCGCACAUUCUCCCCUGGUGACGCCGGCGUCGUGUCCCGCCUCCGUGCCGGUCAGCGGGGGCUCGUCGGCUCCACUCUUGCAGGGCCCCCACCCGGGUAACUCGGAGCUGCACGGCGCGUCCGCCCCCGCCGUCACCACCAUCCCUGUCAUGAUCAAAACCGAGCCCACGAGCCCCACUCCCUCGGCCUUCAAAGGCCCAUCUCACUCGGCGAAUCCCCCCCACGGCACUUUAGGUUUGGGGGCGCUGGGCCGCGCAUACACGUCCGCGUCGGUGCCCAUCACUCUGUCUACUUGCCUUAACCCCGCUCUGUCGGGCCUCCCCAGCUUGCCCGCCCCCCUGAACGUGUCCAACCCGCUCUCGUCCAUCGCUCUCCCGCCGCACGCUUCCUCCGCGCCCAUCACUCCGGUGUUCACGGCUCUUCCUCCAUUCACGUCUCUGACCAGUAAUUUCCCUCUAACUGGCAACCCGUCUCUCAACCCCUCCGUGUCUCUUCCAGGGUCGUUACUAGCCACCUCGUCUGCGGCGGUCACGUCCACGCCCGUGCCCGCCGCCAGCUCCACCGCAGCCGUGCUCCCGGGGCUUGCGGCCUCGGCGCCGGCCUCGGCGGCCCCUUUCCCCCUUAACCUGUCCACCGCCGUCCCCUCCCUCUUCUCGGUCACGCAGGGACCUCUGCCGGCCUCAAACCCCUCGUACCCCGGCUUCUCCGUCUCCAACACCCCCAGCGUCGCCCCCGCGCUCCCCUCGUUCCCGGGGCUGCAGGCGCCGUCCACGGUGGCCGCCGUCGCCCCGCUGCCCGUCGCUGCCACGACCCCGUCCCCGGCUCCCGUCCUCCCGGGAUUCGCCUCAGCGUUUAGCUCCAAUUUCAACUCUGCUCUCGUUGCCCAGGCCGGCCUGUCAUCCGGCCUUCAAGCUGCAGGCAGUUCUGUUUUCCCAGGCCUGCUGUCCCUCCCAGGUAUCCCCGGGUUCUCCCAGAAUCCUUCCCAGUCAUCCUUGCAGGAAUUACAGCAUAAUGCAGCUGCACAGUCUGCCUUGUUACAGCAGGUCCAUUCAGCUUCGGCUCUGGAAAGCUAUUCAGCUCAGCCAGAUGGAUUUCCUAGUUAUCCUUCGACACCAGGAACACCAUUCUCUUUACAACCAGGCUUGUCCCAAAGUGGGUGGCAGUGAAUAUAUUUUCAUUUGUAUUCUCCUCCGGAGCGACAUCGGAUAUGCCUAAGGACUGCAGUGAACAAUCUGACUAAUGCGAGGUUGGCUGACAUUCUCAGAAAAUGAGAAUGAGGAUAAUCUUGGGGAAAUUGGGAUAAGAGUUUAAAACAAUGACGAUUACAUUUUUUAAUGGUUUUAAGUAUGAACACUCCCCUAUGUAAAUAUGCUGAUGACGAACUGUACGGAGAAUAGUAUUAAAAAGGUGUUCGGGGACUUUUCAUCUCCACCCUAUGAAAUUUUGAGUCAUGUAUGUGAUCUGUGUGGGAAGAAUACUAAAGAGGAGGUUGAACUCUUUAUAGCCGAAUACAGCCUUAAAUCUGCUUGUAUAGCAUCCACUGACAGAAGUAAUAGUUGUGCCUCAGACUCAUGGGUUGCAUUUGGCCCUGGGGGCAUUACUGCCCUUGGAAUGCAUGAGUGGUUCCCGUUAGCAUCGUGGGAACGCAGUACUCCGUAUGUAGCCACAGAAGGGAACUUGAAACCCACCGUUAUUUCUAACUUCUGACAUUUAUGCGCAAACAUUUACUGCUGAAUUUAACUUAAUAUAUUUCAGGUAAGUGAAAAUGGUGCUUAAUAUAGUCUUUAGAAUGACUUUCAGGUGUUUUCGACUAAAACUGUAUCCAGAACUACUUUCUUACAGAAACGCAAGUAAGGCUUGUGAUGAUUGGCCUUCGACACUUAUUUCUUAAUCUCAGCAGUAUCCGAGCGAGUGAGGGACAUUUGACUGACCAUAGGGCCACCUCUAUUACUCAUUGUACUCCGGAAGCUCUUGGUGAAUGUUUACAAUCACGGGACAUAGUAUUUCUAUUUGUACUUCAAGUCCAACGCUUCUCCAAAAGUCUGAUGUGACAACCAAUAGAGAAGACUUGCUCUGUUAGUAAACAUGAAGUGUGUGCUCUGAGGGUCUGUGGUAGCAUCGAAUGUGAGUGAAUGUCAUUCGUUAACGAGAAGAACUGCCACAUUCCGGGGGGCGGGGGUGGGGGGUAGUAGGGAGAAUGAUUUUCAAUCUUAAAAGUGUAAACUAUAGAAUCUACUGUAGUACAUUUCAGCAUCCAGAAGUUUUACUUUUAUAAAGAUGGUGUCUGGAAGAUGUUGCUAAUGUAUUUUCCUUCAACACGGGGAACAAACUUUUUAAGUAUAUUAAUAAAUAUUCCUGUAUGGUUAGUUUUUAACAAUUUUUUAAAAUAAACUUUAUGGAUAUGACAAA